AUGCAGGCCCAGGCUAUGACUGCCCAAGUCAACCGGCAGGAUGUUCAGAGGGAAAACCCACCGGUUCGCAGCAUGGCUGACAGACUGCGAGAUUUCACGAGGAUGAAUCCUCCAAUUUUCACAGGGGCUAAGACUUCAGAAGAUCCUCAGGAAUUUAUAGACGAGUUGCAGAAGAUCCUGGUGGCCAUGGGGGCCACUGAUCUUGAAAAGGCUGAGCUGGCUUCCUACCAGCUCAAGGAUGUUGCACAGACUUGGUGCAAAAUGUGGCGAGAUAGCCGUGUCCUAGGAGGGGUGCCAGUCACCUGGGAGCUGUUCAAGACAGCAUUUUUGGAAAGGUACUUCCCUAGGGAGAUGAAGGAGGCAAAGGUUGAGGAGUUCAUCAACCUUAAACAAGGAUCUAUGACGGUCAUGGAGUAUUCUCUGAAGUUUGUGAAGCUAUCAAGGUUCCUCACAAGAAUCAAUGGAGACUUGGACGAGGAGUGUCGAUCUGCGAUGCUUCAUGAUAAUAUGGACCUUUCUAGGUUAAUGGUACAUGUCCAGCAGGUAGAGGACAGCCGAAAGAGGAGAGGUGUACGUGAUAUUAGGAGGCCUAGGACUCAAGAUCAGGCAGGUGUAGAAGUGGACCCCGGAAAGACUGAAGCUGUUAAGAACUGGUUAAAGCCUCUUACUCCCACCGAUAUCCGUAGCUUUCUGGGAUUGGCUGGUUACUAG